AUGCAUUUCAAAACAAUAAUACUAUACAGUCAAGUGAAAUCACAUUGAUAUGGCAGGAAAUGAUUUGUUAAUGGACAUUGAAGCCGUAUGUCGAGUUUGCUUACAGGAUAGUGAUACACAUAUGGUAUCCAUUUACGAGCGAGACGAGGGACAACGCGGACUAUCCAUUUGCGAGAAAAUUGAAAAUUGCAGUGGCAUAAAAAUUGUGCGCACUCCUGAGCUACCAUCUCGCAUCUGCUUGAAAUGUCGCGCCUUUUUAACGCUGGCACACAAAUUUCGACAGAUUUGCCGCCACUCAGAUAGUUUCCUGCGUGAAUACAUUUGGAAAGAUGUGAGAGUGGUGGACGCAGUGCACCAGGUGAUAGAAACACCAUCCACACAGACAUACGAGGAUGUGGAAGUUGAGGUACUGGAAGAAGGUAUUUGGUGCAAUGAUGAAAUAAUUGUGGAACCUCCUGCUGCUCAAGAUGAAGCAAAUAUCAUACUGGUGCCAACUGAAGAUGUGGUAACCACGCCUGUUGCUGCAUCCAAAUCACAUGUGUGUAACGUUUGUGGUAAUAGCUAUCCACGCAAGAGCACGCUGGACACGCACAUGCGACGCCACAACAAUGACCGACCAUAUGAAUGCGAAGUCUGCAAAAAGUCUUUUCACGUAAACUACCAGCUAAUGCGCCAUAUACGCCAGCACACAGGCGCCCGACCGUAUAGUUGCGAAUACUGUCAGCGCAGCUUCACGGAUCGUACGUCUUUGGUCAAGCAUGAACGCACCCAUCGCAAUGAACGACCCUAUUCAUGCGACUUGUGUGGAAAGUCUUUCACAUAUGCCAAUGUGCUCAAGGUGCACUACAAAACGCAUACCGGAGAGAAGCCACAUCUGUGCAGACUAUGUAACAAAAGCUUUGCACGCAAUCACAAUCUGGUUGCCCACUUACAGACACAACAGCAUAUCAACGAUCCCCGUGCCGCGGCCUAUUUACAAACUCUCAAAGCCAUCACCAAUGUAGCUGCAGAAAAUGGCUGAGAGGUGUUAGAAGUGUGCAAUUUAAAAAAAAUUGGAAAAGCUGGA